CAGUAGGAGGUUUCUCCCAAGUAAAGUGAAGAUUAGGGAGGUUUAUUGAACUGUAAGCAGACGAGCCAAGAGUAAAAACAAAUAUGACUUGUGCUGCUUCCUGUUUAUUGUGUACUGAUUUUGUUUUACUCACAUAUUCAUGCUUAUUUUAGGAAUCCCCAAAACAAAAUGUAUUAUAAAAUGCAUGCCCUGUUUUUAAAUUAAGCUGAAUUCAAAGCCUGGACUGUAAAUAUAUUAUUUUCUGCUCUCAGUUUUGUAACUUUAAACAGGUUUUUAUCACAAAAUAACUACAGUAACUGCCCACAAACCGACUGUUUCAGCCUAAUUGCCACUUAUUUAAUGAAGGAUAGGCGGGGGAUACCUCAGUCAACGUCAGUCUUAUCAAUCACCAACAGACUACCACCAUCACACACACACAAACACACACAUGUAGGGAUGCAGAUACAGAUAGACGGUGUUCAUUUCCCAACAAUGUAUCAGGGAAAUUGGCAGGCCUGUUUGUGCUGCUUCACCAGGUGGGGUCCUGCUUUCACAGCAGGCCUCCGUCACCACUGCGUCAGCGCUGAUGAGCUCAGCGUUUGUCUGAGAGGGGAGGGAGUGAGAGCUGGAGACCAGAAGAUGGGAGAGAGACCUAAAAAACAAGCAGAGGGAUGCGGAGAGAGACAAAGACGGGAGUGAGAGGGGUGUUGCCGCCUCUGAGACACACUCACGCAACAAAGAGUAACAGCAGCAGCAGCAUCAGCAGCAGAGCAUCCUUCCAGUCUUUCUCUGGGGACAACAGACCUUUUCCUUGACUAACGUACUUUUAUUCUAAAACAAGAUUCUGUGGAGAUACUCAGCAUUUCGCUAUAAGGAGACUAACGUCGACUUGAAAAGGGAAGCAGACCAAAGCUUUCAGCACCUUGGAAAGCGAUCAUGGCUCCGAUGUUGGAGGACGGAGCUCAGCCUGCAGUGCCAGUAGGUGUUGCUGUGGUGAGUGUUUUUGGCCUUGUCUUCACUGCGUCAGCUUUCGCCUGGAUCUGUUGCCAGCGCAAAAACACCAAGUCCCAGAAGACUCCUCCUUACAAGUUUGUACACAUGCUUAAAGGGGUUGACAUCUACCCAGAAAGCCUGAGCGGCAAGAAGAAGUUCGCAGCACCCGCCACCCCAACAACCGCCGACAGCGGUAAAACCGACGUCAAUGGAAACUGCCAAACUACGCCAAUGAGUCCUUCUAAUGCCGAUAAACUGGCAUCGAGCCCAAAUGGCUCCAGACCGGCCAUGCAUCUUGAUCUUGAGAAGCGCGAUCUGAACGGCAACUUUACCACCAAACCUUUCCAUCACCACCACCAGAAGGUGAGGAGCUCUCCAGACUUGGAGCUGCCCUCUCCCCAUGCGGGGUUCACUCAGCCCGGUGUGACGGACCGCCACGAUCUGCCGUCGCCAUCCAGCACUCUGUCCAGCCAAGCACCCACCCCGGCUGUGGACAGGCCCCAGGCAGAGGAGAAGGAAGGUGGUCUGGGGACCCUUCACUUCUCUCUUGAGUACCAGGCAGAGAGGAAGGCAUUCAUUGUUCACAUCAAGGAAGCCCAUGGUCUGACCCCAACCGAUGAGCAGUCACUUACCUCAGACCCCUACAUCAAGCUGACCCUGCUACCAGAGAAAAAGCACAGAGUGAAGACCCGAGUCCUCCGGAAGACUCUAGAUCCUGCCUUCGACGAGACCUUCAGCUUCUACGGGAUCCCACUAGCUCAGGUGUCUGAGUUGGCCCUUCACUUUAUGGUGCUGAGCUUCGAUCGGUUCUCUCGUGACGAGGUCAUCGGAGAGACCCUGGUACCAUUGUCUGGGAUCGACUUGUCGGAGGGACGUGUCCUGAUGAGCCGAGAGAUCAUCAAGAGGAAUGUUAAAAAGUCCACGGGUCGUGGAGAGUUGCUGCUGUCCCUGUGCUACCAGUCCACCACCAACACUCUGACUGUGGUUGUCCUCAAAGCUCGCCACCUGCCCAAGACUGAAAACAAUGGACCCACAGAUCCGUACGUCAAGGUGAACAUGUAUCACGGAAAGAAGCGCGUCUGCAAGAAGAAGACCCACGUGAAGAAGAGCUCCCCCAACCCAGUCUUCAACGAGCUCUUUGUCUUUGAUUUGCCCUCCGAAGAGGGUUUGAGGGACACCAGCGUGGAGCUGCUGCUGCUGGACUCGGACAAUGGUAACUCACGCAGCCCGAGCGCCACCGUGGGGCGCCUGCUGCUGGGCACGUCCGCCGCGGGAACCGCCGGCGAGCACUGGAGGGAGAUCUGCGACCACCCGCGUCGCCAGAUCGCCAAGUGGCACGUCAUGGCGGAGGAUUAGAAAAGCUGGGCGUGCGUGGGUUCUGUCGUCCCUGUCUGACCUGGCUCAACCUCGAAAGGCCUGAAAUGAGGAUGGGCGGGACGAGAUGUCCUGCUGGCCAACACACAUUGGACUCUAAGUGGGGUGGGUUCAGGGGGUGGUUUAAACGGGACUUUUUUAAAGGCGAGGAUAACUUCAUGUGAUGUCAUAACAAAUCUGUCAUUAGUUCAUAUAUAUUUGAAGUUGUUGGGGUUCAGGUGGAGCAGGUUGAAGGCGACCCCGUAGCUUUAAAUGAUCCCAAAGAUCGCCACUAAGAAUCACUUGGGUAACAUCAAGCAUCAUCACCACAGCAGCAGCCAACUCGUCACUGUAAAUGUGUGCAGUGCAGAAUGUCUUAAAUGUUGCUCUUACUUUUCCUUUCUUCUUCUUCUCCUUCUUCUUCUGCAGCUCUUCCUCUUAUAGUAACUUAUCAUCAUAUACAAACAAACAAAAUCUACUGCAUCUGACGACACUGUAAAAAAUGUGGAAUAUUUAAAGUUUAUUUUAUAAAGACAAUGUUUUCUUUUUAAAUAUGUAAAAUGUUUGUAUUUAUGUUAUUUUGAUUUGAAUUAUACUGGUUGGUUUGUUAAA